CCUCCGCUUUCGGUUUCGCUUCCGCCUCCAGCGCGAGCCCCGCCGCCGCCGAGCAUGGACGACCCCGACUGCGACUCCACCUGGGAGGAGGACGAGGAGGAUGCGGAGGACGCGGAGGACGAGGACUGCGAGGACGGCGAGGCCGCCGGCGCGAGGGACGCGGACGCAGGGGACGGGGACGACGACGAGGACGAGGAAUCGGAGGAGCCGCGGGCGGCGCGGCCCAGCUCGCUCCAGAAUGACAGGGUCCCGAAACUGGCGAGCCACGAGGGACAUGUGUAGGUACCGGCACAACUACCCGGAUCUGGUGGAACGAGACUGCAAUGGGGACACGCCAAACCUGAGUUUCUACAGAAAUGAGAUCCGCUUCCUGCCCAACGGCUGUUUCAUUGAGGACAUUCUUCAGAACUGGACGGACAACUAUGACCUCCUUGAGGACAAUCACUCCUACAUCCAGUGGCUGUUUCCUCUGCGAGAACCGGGAGUGAACUGGCAUGCCAAGCCCCUCACGCUCAGGGAGGUCAAGGUGUUUAAAAGCUCCCGGGAGAUCCAGGAGCGGCUUGUCCGGGCCUACGAGCUCAUGCUGGGCUUCUACGGGAUCCGGCUGGAGGACCGAGGCACGGGCACGGUGGGCCGAGCACAGAACUACCAGAAGCGCUUCCAGAACCUGAACUGGCGCAGCCACAACAACCUCCGCAUCACACGCAUCCUCAAGUCGCUGGGUGAGCUGGGUCUCGAGCACUUCCAGGCGCCGCUGGUCCGCUUCUUCCUGGAGGAGACGCUGGUGCGGCGGGAGCUGCCAGGUGUGCGGCAGAGUGCCCUCGACUACUUCAUGUUCGCUGUGCGCUGCCGACACCAGCGCCGCCAGCUGGUGCACUUCGCCUGGGAGCACUUCCGGCCCCGCUGCAAGUUCGUCUGGGGGCCCCAAGACAAGCUGCGGAGGUUCAAGCCCGGCUCUCUGCCCCGUCCGCUCAAGGGCUCCAGGAAGGUGGAGGAGGAAGGAAGCCCCAGGGACCCCGACCACGAGGCCAGCACCCAGGGUCGGACCUGUGGGCCAGAGCAUAGCAAGCGUGGGGGCAGGGUGGACGAGGGGCCCCAGCCACGGAAUGUGGAGCCCCAGGAUGUGGGACCCCUGGAGAGGAGCCAGUGGGAUGAGGCAGGGGGCCACGGGGAAGAUGGGCCGGAGUCCCUAAGCCCCAAAGAGAGCAAGAAGAGGAAGCUCGAGCUGAGCCGGCGGGAGCAGCCGCCCACAGAGCCCAGCCCUCAGAGUGCCUCAGAGGUGGAGAAGAUCGCUCUGAACUUGGAGGGGUGCGCCCUCAGCCAGGGCAGCCUCAGGACGGGGACCCAGGAAGUGGGCGGUCAGGACCCUGGGGAGGCAGUGCAGCCCUGCCGCCAACCCCUGGGGGCCAGGGUGGCCGACAAGGUGAGGAAGCGGAGGAAGGUGGAUGAGGGUGCUGGGGACAGUGCUGCGGUGGCCAGUGGUGGUGCCCAGACCUUGGGCCUUGCCGGGUCCCCUGCCCCAUCGGGGCACCCCAAGGCUGGACACAGUGAGAACGGGGUUGAGGACACAGAAGGUCGAACAGGGCCCAAAGAAGGUACCCCUGGGAGCCCAUCGGAGACCCCAGGCCCCAGCCUGGCAGGACCUGCAGGGGACGAGCCAGCCACGGCAGGGGAGGCAGCAGAGGUGCAGGACGCAGAGGUGGAGCCUUCUGCCAAAUCUGGGAAGCCUUAAGGAAAGGAGUGCCCGUCGGCGUCUUGGCCCUCCUGGCCCUGCUGCAGGGGCCGGGGCCUCCGGAGCUGCUGCGGGCUCCCCUCAGGCUCUGCUCGUGACCCGUGACCCAUGACCCGCAGUGCUGGCCUCCUGUGGGGCCACUAUAGCAGCCACCAGAAGCUGCGAGGCCCUCAGGGAAGGCCAAGGCCUGCAGAAGCCUCCUGGCCUGGCUGUGUCUUCCCCACCCAGCUCCCCCUGCACCCCUGUCUUUGUAAAUUGAUCCUUCUGGUGGGGGCGGUGGGCAGGGCUGCUUUUCUUAGUCUGGUGCCAAGCAAGGCCUUUUCUGAAUAAACUCGUUUGACUUUGA